UCGAGCGUGGUUUACAAGCCGUAUCCUGAACGAGAUUUAGUUCAGUUCGUUGUUGAACUUCCCACUGAUCGUAACGUUUGUUAAUUAGUAACAACAGCAACACUUUGGACGCAGCACACCUUAUAGGCCAGGCAUUCCCGACAACAAUAUUUACAUGCUCAGUGGUAGCAACAGUGUAAAAGUUUUCUAAUGGGUCCAAUUUUAAAUUUUUUGGCAUAUACGGCGAGCUGUAACAACACAAUGGUCGAAACAGAAAUCGUUAUUACGAACUCAUCGGAGCCCGUCACGAAGGCCAGCUUGAUUGUGGUCUCGAAUCGUUUGCCCUUCGUUUUGAGUCGUGAUCCCAAAACCGAAAAAUUGGAACGUAAAGCCAGCGCUGGUGGACUUGUAACUGCUGUCUGUCCUGUGGUGAUUAAAGGUAAAGGCUUGUGGGUCGGCUGGCCUGGCAUACAUCUUGCCGAUCCGAAUGAGCCAAUACCCGAAUCGAACCCAUCUGACCAAACGCCCACAGCAGGCUUGAAAUCCGAUCAGGUUGUUUCCGUCAAUGUGAACCCCGCGAUUUUCAAUAGCUACUACAAUGGCUGCUGCAAUAAGAUCUUUUGGCCGCUCUUCCAUUCGAUGCCCGGCCGCGCCACGUUCGGCGCCGAUCACUGGCACAACUAUGUAACGGUGAAUAAGCACUUCGCAGCGCGUACCAUCGAGGCGCUCGAAAAGUGUUUGAAGCAAAACAAGGCGCUAGAUAACAAUACACCGCCGAUUGUUUGGAUUCACGAUUAUCAUUUGAUGCUUGCCGCCAAUUGGAUACGUGAGAAGGCCGAAGAGAAACAGCUGCCAUGCCGGCUUGCGUUCUUUUUGCAUAUACCCUUCCCACCAUGGGACAUUUUCCGUUUAUUCCCUUGGGCCGACGAGCUUCUCCAAGGCAUGCUGGGCUGUGAUAUGGUCGGUUUUCAUAUACAGGACUACUGUCUGAAUUUUGUCGACUGUUGUCAACGCAAUUUGGGUUGCCGUGUCGAUCGCAAUAAUCUGUUGGUUGAACAUGGUGGACGCACUGUACGCGUACGACCACUGCCCAUUGGUAUACCAUAUGAGCGAUUUGUGACCUUGGCAAAGAAUGCCGGUAAAGUGCUGAAGAGCGAUAAGCAGCAGGUCAUUUUGGGCGUUGAUAGGCUGGACUACACUAAGGGUUUGGUGCAUCGUUUGAUGGCUUUCGAAGCGCUGUUAGAGAAAUAUCCACAGCAUAAGGAGAAGGUCAGCUUGUUGCAGAUUUCCGUCCCAUCACGCACAGAUGUCAAGGAGUACAGAGAGCUGAAGGAGGAAGUGGAUCAGUUGAUUGGCCGCAUAAAUGGCCGCUUCACCACAGCCAACUGGGCGCCCAUACGCUACAUCUACGACUAUGUGGCACAGGAUGAUUUGGCCGCACUGUAUCGUGAUGCUGCCGUAUGUCUCGUUACACCGCUGCGGGAUGGCAUGAAUUUGGUGGCAAAAGAAUUUGUGGCAUGCCAGAUCAAUCAGAGUCCCGGCGUAUUGGUAAUUUCCCCCUUUGCAGGCGCUGGUGAAAUGAUGCACGAAGCAUUGCUGUGCAAUCCGUACGAAGUGCACGCCGCAGCUGAAGUCAUACAUCGUGCGCUUACGAUGCCCGAGGACGAGCGUAUACUACGUAUGAGCCGUUUGCGGAGACGCGAGUCUGAAUGUGAUGUUAGCCAUUGGAUGCGUUCAUUCCUCAAGGCUAUGGGCACACUAGAUGUGGAUGAUGUGGGCACCACAAUCAUGCAACCGGUCACUGUCGACGACUUCGAUGACUAUCUACUGAAAUACAUCGGUUACAAUCAUAAGUUGGCCUUGUUGUUGGACUACGAUGGUACUCUAGCGCCCAUAGCUCCUCACCCUGAUCUCGCUACGCUAUCGCCUGAAAUUAAGAAUGUGCUCUUUAAGCUUUCAAAUCACUCCGAUGUCUAUGUCGCCGUUAUUUCCGGACGUAAUGUCGAUAAUGUGAAGCGGAUGGUGGGCAUCGAAGGCAUUACCUAUGCGGGUAAUCAUGGUUUGGAAAUUCUGCAUCCUGAUGGCAGUAAAUUCGUGCAUCCUAUGCCAAUCGAGUACGAGGACAAAGUUAGUCAUUUACUGAAGGCACUGCAAGAUUCGGUCUGUCGUGAUGGCGCUUGGGUAGAGAAUAAAGGCGCAUUGCUCACAUUCCAUUAUCGCGAAACCCCUGCCGAGCUGCGUCCCGCGAUGAUCGAGAAAGCACGUGGUCUUAUCAUUAAAUACGGCUUCAAAGCAACCGAAGCGCAUUGUGCGCUCGAAGCACGUCCUCCCGUACAAUGGAACAAAGGACGAGCCUCAAUCUAUAUACUCCGUACAUCGUUUGGUGUCGACUGGAGUGAACGUAUUAAGAUAAUAUAUGUAGGGGACGAUCUGACAGAUGAGGACGCCAUGGAGGCUCUCAAAGGUAUGGCGCGCACAUUCCGUAUUACCUCGUCGGAUAUCGUGCGCACGGCAGCCGAUCACCGUUUGCCCUCAACCGAUUCGGUGUAUACGUUACUAAAAUGGGUUGAACGUCACUUUAUGGGCCGCAAGGCACGUGCGAAUUCGCUCACCUACCGCAAUCGUCGAGAGGACGGUGUACGUACACAAAUGUCACUGGAAAUCGCGUCCAAAUCGAAUAAUAAUCUCGACGUGGAACACGUAUAGGAAAAGAGUGCCGAGUGUCGAAUGAUUCGAACCCGUUAGUUCGUCUGUAUCAGUGGGCUUUCGAAGAGGUGCAAAGCAAUUCUUAUUAUUUUGCAGAAUUAGUUUUGUUUAGUGAUUAGUGGACAUUAUUGAUAAUUAAAUUACAGGAGAUAUAUUGUAUCUAUGUAUGUGUAUGUGUAAGUUUACGUAUUGAUAAGUUAAGAAUUUAUAUGUGAAUGCAAUAUUAAAUAAUAAAAAAAAACUAUAUGUACAGUAAUAAAAAUAAAAACUAAA